AUGGCAGACAGGUGCGACUACGGUGAUUUGCGGGAUCGCCUCAUCCGCGACCGCUUCGUACUUGGACUCCGCGACAAGAAGCUCUGCGAAGCGCUACAGAUGGACGCUAACCUCACACUCGCCAUGGCGCUCGCUAAGGCACGCCAAAAGGAGUCCGUGCACAAGCAGCAGCAGCAGCAUCAGCUCCUUCAGGCCUCCGGGGAACCGUCCUCUUUCAAGUCAGAGUACACCGGUCUCGACGCCGUCUCCCACAAUCGUCGCGGCAAAGCAAAGAGUGAGAAGUGCUCAAAGUGCAACACAAGGGGACAUUUCGCUCGUGUUUGCAGAAAAGUUCCGUCAAGAAACAUCUCAACGCUCGAGCAAGGAACCGCAGCGAUGUUUCUUGGGGCCGUAGACCUACCAGCCGACGCUCAGCGCGACUCAAGGCUUGUCGAAGUCGACCUGAACGGCUAUCCACUGAUCGCAAAGAUCGACACCGGUGCUCAAGUUUCUGUUGUCCCGGCUACGUUUGCUGGAAUUCCUGAACAUCUCCAGCCAGCAAGCGAAACCCUCUCAGGACCGAGCGGCAAGGCACUUCAGGUCGUCGGGAAAUUUGACGCAACGAUCACGUGGAGGUCGCGAAGGUCGAACCAAGUCGUUUACGUUGUGCAGCAGCUGAAGCAUCCACUCCUUGGAUUACCUGCCAUCGAAGGCUUGGGAUUAGUCAAGUUUCUGUGCGCCACGGAACGUGUUGAGGGACGAUGUCCCGAACUUUUCAAUGGUCUGGGUCUGCUGCCGGGUGCGUACACAAUUCGCCUCAAUCCCGCGGCUGUGCCGUAUUCUGUGACCGUGGCAAGGCGCAUUCCUGUGCCCCUACGGAAAGUAGUCGAGCAGGAGAUCAUCAGCAUGCAACAACAAGGAGUGAUCCGCCCUGUAGAAGGCCCUACGGACUGGUGCGCCGGAAUUGUUCCGGUAGUGAAACCCUCAGGAGGUGUCCGAAUAUGCGUGGACUUCAACCGCCUCAACUCUUCAGUCCUCAGGGAAAGAUUUCCCUCCCCACCGGAGUAUUUCCAAAAACGCAUGUCCGAAAUCCUGAGUGGACUAACAGGAGUCGUCCAUCUCAUGGACGACAUUCUCGUCUUUGGCCGCGAUCAAGCCGAGCACGACGGAAACCUUGACACGACUCUCAAGAAGCUUGCUUCCUCUGGAAUCACCCUCAACCGCUCUAAAUGCGCUUUCAGCGUGAAGGAGGUGACCUUCCUAGGCUGUGUCAUCAGUAGUCAAGGCAUACGUCCCGACCCUAAAAAAGUCGAGGCUAUCAAGUGUCUCCCGCCGCCUACAGACGUCGCCGGAGUCCGCCGGAUCUUAGGAAUGGCGAACCAUCUGGCAAGGUUCCUGCCAAAUUUGGCCGAAAGGACAGCCGCUCUCCGCGUUCUCCUCAAGAAAACGUCGGAGUGGACAUGGGGCCCCGCUCAGGAAAAAGACUUCCAAAACAUCAAGGACCUCAUCUGUUCGGACCAGUGCUUUGCAAAGUACCAUCCGGAGUAUCCUACUACACUCUCAGCAGACGCAUCAGCCUACGGAUUGGGCGCAGUACUGCUACAAGUGCAACCGGAUGGGAACAACCGCCCAGUCGCAUUCGCCUCAAGGUCCCUAACGCCCGCCGAAACGCGGUAUGCUCAGAUAGAAAAGGAAGCAUUGGCUCUAACCUGGGGAGCCGAACGGUUCGAAGAAUACCUGCGUGGUCUCACGGCAACCUUUCAAACAGAUCAUCAACCUUUGAUCACCCUCCUGGGAAAAGAGUCUCUCGAUCUGCUGCCACCACGAAUUCAACGCUUCCGCAUGCGCCUCAUGCGCUUCAGUUACGUCAUGCAGUACGUCCCAGGAAAAAGUAUUACUACUGCUGACACUCUCUCGAGAGCACCAACUGCAAGCAGUUCGACAGCGGGAACUCUCACUUGUGAUGAAGUGAGCGCCUACGUAGAGGGUGCACUCAUGGGUCUGCAAACUUCCGCCUUCGAUCCAAGUGAAGAACUCAAAAGAAGACGAGACGCCGUCAUUAACCACCUCAAAAGCAUUUUCGCUCGUCAUGGCAUCCGUGUGACAGUGGUAUCCGACAACGGCCCGCAGUUCUCGAGCUCAGCAUUCGCAGAAUUCGCUAAAGCAUACGGCUUCAGCCACACCACGAGCAGCCCUGUUCAUCCGCAGGCCAGCGGGGAAGCGGAACGCGCCGUUCAAGCAGUGAAACAUCUGCUCGAGAAAGCAGACGAUCCGUACCUCACCCUACUGGCCUACAGAGACACGCCGGGGCCGACAGGCUUCAGCCCGGCUAAACUACUCAUGCGACGCCAGCUACGCUCUCGAGUUCCUGCAUUUCCUGCCCUCCUGGUUCCCGGAAACGUCGACAACAACAAGUGA